CCCAGCUAACUGAGAAAUCCUGCUUUGAGGAACACCCCCUGCUUAGGGUGCAAGAGUCAACAAUAAAGCUCUAGAUUCCAUCAUCCUACAACCAAUAAACCACAUUCUGGCACUAUUUCCCACUUGCACAUACAAAUUUUAUUCUGCUAAACAGUAUGGAUUAUGCAAUAUUUUUAUUAGUCAUUUCUUCACCUAAUGAGAGCGGUCCAGGGUGUUUAGUAGUUCGAAUCUUUAAAUAAAUUUUAAGUACAAUAUUUAUAUACAAAACACAAGCCGGUGGUAAGGGUAUUAUCAGCCACAUUACACAUUAACCCCAUACACCCGCUGCUGAAGUCAGGUCGCUGACAAAACGCAAAGCCUUAUUUCUUUUCACUAAGGUAAAGUAUGCAGUGACGUCGGGUGAUCCGCUCAUUUCGCGGUUUGUCACGGAGACGGAGGACGGGACCGGGAGCAAAGCUGACGUUGAUCUGUGUGAUUCUGGGCUGCCUCUGCCAACAUUAAGGAUUCCCCGCGCUUCCCGCCGCCAUGUCGUACGGCAGGCCAGACAGCUACCGCGGGCAUCCAAAGCACUUCAGCUCCCUCAUGCAGAUAUGCAGUGCCAACAUCCAGAAGAUCACAUACAACACGGCUCAGAUUAAGAGCCUGGUGAACCAGAUCGGGACCAGGCAGGACACAAGUGAGAUGCGGGAGAAACUGCAGCAGCUACAGCAGAAUACCAACCAACUGGCCAAAGAGAGCAACCGACUUGUAAAAGACCUGGGCUCCCUGCCAUUACCUACGUCUCCAUCAGAGCAGAGGCAGCAGAAGAUCCAGAAGGAGCGGCUAAUGAAUGACUUCACGGCCGCUCUUGGUAACCUGCAGGCCGAACAGCGCCGUGCCGCCCAGCGGGGGAAGGACUCCGUGGCUCGGGUUCGAGCCGCCUCCCGCCUCUCUUCAGAAGAUGGCAACCGUGAAGAUCAGCUGAUCUCCUUUGAAUAUCAGGAUGCCUGGGGGCAGACAGGAGCCCAAACACAGGAGCCCUCAAUCACUGAGGAGGACCUGGAGCUCAUCAAGGAGAGAGAAACAUGCCUGCGGCAGCUGGAGUCAGACAUCAUGGAUGUGAACCAGAUCUUCAAGGACCUGGCAGUGAUGAUUCAUGACCAGGGCGACAUGGUUGACAGCAUAGAGGCCAACGUGGAGAGCACACAGGUCCAUGUAGAGCAUGCUGUGGACCACCUACAUCAGACGGCCCACUACCAGAACAAGUCCCGUAAGAAGAUGUGCAUCCUGAUCCUGGUGCUGACGGUGGUAGCUACUGUCCUGGCCAUCGUCAUCUGGCUGGCCACCAGCUGAACCAGCUCAUGGUUUUGCCCACCUGGAUGUUGCACUAGGAGACCAAAUCCUAUUGACCAAGACCUCUUUUUGGAGAGGCGUCUGUCUGGGAUGAUUGGGUGUGGAGAAAUGGGGGUGAUGUGUUUUUUGGGGAGUGAUGUGUAGCCCCUGGGACUGUGGACUACCUGUGGUUAAGGGGUGAGCUUGUCUUCCAUGAGUGAUUGACAUUGUGGAUGGGGCUCUAUUUGUGAUGCUUUGGAUAAAAACGUCUGCUGCUAAGAAAUGUUUUUGUGAGUUAGGGGUGGGGAUUUUGGACUGAUGGGUUAUGGUGUUUAGAUAUUUUGAGGUGUGGUAUGUUAGACACCUGGGAAUUCUGUUUGGGGACUUAUUUAUGAAGUACUAUCCUAUAUGUAAAGUUACAAUAGGAAUAUCCUGCACUAACCUUAUUUUGCACUGCUUGUGUGUGUGUGUGUGUGUGUGUGUGUGUGUGACAACAAGCUCCUGGUCAUCUGGGCUGGUUUGAAGUGCUAUCAGGGGAUUGGCUACGGUGUGGCUAUCCCAACAACUGAUGUGUUAUAGCUGAUAUCUGACCAUACAGAUUAAGAACAAUAGCUAGAUAUGAUUACAAAGGCAACUUAUCACAUUAGGAUGUCAGUGAUAAAUCUUCAUUCAGUGUUUUAUAUUAUUACUGUCACUGGUGGAUGUUAUUGAGACGCACAUGCUGGUCACGUGAUUAAUAAGAACUGUUUAACUACAUAAUGAUGCUGCAAUCCACAAUGUAAGAUUUUUAAAGCAUUAAUGUUUCUGUAAUUAAAUGCCACUAAAAUGGUUCAAGCAAA